AUGUACUUCUCGCUUAAAACCUUGCUCCCCACUGUCGCUGCUCUUGUCCUCCUCAAAGGAGUUGUCGCAGCACCCGUAUUCGAUGACCUCGUCGAGCGCAAUGAUUUUGACGAUGCGUCUUUGCUGGAACGCGAUGCAGUCCUCGAUGCCGUCUUGGAGGCGCGCAUGGACGAUAUUCUGCAUGAAAUUGAUAGCGCCGCUGGCAAGCACAAAUACACGCAUGGUCCGACGCGUCUCUCUAUCAGCGAUAAUGCAAAGGCGGAGCUCAACCGCCUGAAUAUCCACGGAAAAGAACGGAAGAACGCGAUAAAGUGGAACAAGAACAAGGUUAAGAAGGAGAUGAGGAAGAACCCUGAACUGAAGGGUGCCCAUACUGGUGUGAUCGAACAUCUUGCACACAAGGGUGGAAGCCAGCCCAAGGAGAAAAACCACAUCACCGCAUCGUUCAAGGAUAAGCACGGCCAGCAAAUCCACAACAGCUACAACGGCGGGCCAAAUCACCACUUGUAUAUCAACAAGAAUAACGCUGGUGCUGGACGUCAGGCAAAGGGCGGGUACAAGAAGAACAACAACGAGAUCAAAGGCAAGAACACCGGUCACAAAUCAGCUGUUAACAGGAACCCCGAGAGCCGACACGGAAAAAGCAGCCAAAAGAACGGCGGGAAAGGAAAAGGCCAGCAGCGCCAGGGCGGAGCAUCCAAGAACCAGAACAAGGGUCCCCAGGUAAAGAAGGGAGGCAGGAAGUAA